AAAGAAAAAUGAAGUUGACAUAAAAGAAAGAUAGAAAGCCAUACCUACUUGAUUCGGAUUCUUUUGGACAGCUUGAAAGAGGCGUGUGGUUCUCUCCCAUGCUUAUCGUCAUCUCCCAUUGCUAAUGGCAGAGAUCCUGCAGUAUAAAUACACAACCAAACUUCAAGACUUGGAGAUCAUAAGCAGAAAAAAAAAGAGACCAUUAACAAGCUAUUUGUUUUCCCUUCUCUUGCAACUUUUUAGCUUCUUCACCAUGUCGUCAUGUGGCAACUGCGACUGUUCCGACAAGACCCAAUGCGUGAAAAAAGGGAACAGCUAUGGCGCUGUCAUCAUGGAGAAUGAGAACAGCUCAUUUGAUGCCAUAGUUAUGAACUUCCCAGCGGCCGAGCACAACGACAAGUGCAGCUGCAACCCCUGCAGCUGUCCAAACUGUGGCUGCAACAAUUGAACACAUACAUCUGUUAUUUCAACUAGCACAGCUAUGUGAAAGCCAGCAAUAAUGUAGCUGUGUUUGAAAAAAAAAAAUAGUGUCUGUUUUAUGUUCAAAAACCUCUGUUCUUAGCUAGAGGUGUGUUAUGAAUAAUGUCUAUUUCUGUUUUUCAUUCACAGUCAUGUAAUGUUGGUCACUUGUGUCCAUGGAGUUAAUGGAUAAGUUAUACUAGUACACUCUCUAUUCCUCUC